AUGUCUCCGUCAUUGGCCAGGUCGGCUCCCAGCGAGCUCAACCAUUGGUGGAGCCAGCUGAAGUUCCGCCUCCAGAACAAGAAAGGAUGGAACGAGAUGCUGGACGAGACGUUCCUGCUCCACACGAAAAACAUAAACGACAUUCCUCUGUUCUACGCCGCCAAGAACAACAGUGUCGGCUGCAUCAAGAAGCUGCUGAGCUGCGCCUCCACCAACAUCUUCGAGAGAGGUGCCCUCGGAGAGACGGCGCUGCACGUGGCCGUGAUGAGCGACAACGUGGACGCUGCCGUGGCUCUGAUGGACGGAGCUCCUGAACUCAUCAACGAGCCCAUGACCUCUGAGCUCUUCCAAGGUGUGACUCCUCUACACAUCGCUGUAGCCAAUCAGAACAUGAACCUGGUCUAUCACCUGAUUGGUCGAGGCGGCGACGUGGCCACACCUCGAGUCACCGGUCUGUACUUCAGGAAGAGGAUCGGAGGGCUUCUGUACCACGGUGAACACGUCCUGUCCUUUGCUGCCUGCGCUGGAAACGAGGACAUCAUGGCCAUGGUGAUCGAUGCCGGAGCCAGCACCAGGAUCCAGGACGGCAGAGGCAACACGCUGCUCCACAUCCUGGUUCUGCAACCCAACAAGACCAUCGCCUGCCAGGCCAUGGACCUGAUCCUGAGCCGGGACGCGGAGCUGGACCAGCCGGUGUCGCUGGACAUGGUGCCAAACUACCGAGGCCUCACUCCGCUGAAGCUGGCGGCGAAGGAGGGCAACAUCGUGGCGUUCCAGCACCUGGUCAACAAGAGGCGGGUGGUCCAGUGGAGUCUGGGCCCGCUGAGCUCUCACCUGUUCGACCUGACCGAGAUCGACUCGUGGGCCGACGUCAUGUCGGUGCUGGAGCUGAUCGUGGGCAGCCACCAGAAAGAGGCCCGAAGGAUCCUGGAGGUGACGCCUGUGAGGCAGCUGGUCAGCCUGAAGUGGAACCUGUACGGGAAACACUACUUCAGGCUGCUGCUCUUGCUCUACCUGCUCUACAUCGGCACCUUCACCCUCUGCUGCGUGUUUCGCCCCCUAAAGGACGCUCCGGAGAACUACACCACGUCCGACAUGGACAAAACCAUCCGGGUCCAGAAGAACCUCAGCGAGAGUUAUGUGACGUAUGAGGACAGCCUGCGUCUGGCCGGGGAGGUCAUCAGCGUCCUGGGAGCGCUGCUCAUCCUGCUGCUGGAG